AUGAACUAUUACAUACAGGAGGCGCUCCUCAGCACGACCUGCGAGCUGAUGAAGGCGUCGCUCGAGACGCAGAAGUCGUACCACAUAUCGCAAGAAGAAGUGCUAAAACAGCGCGAAGACUGCGAACAGAAGAAGAUCGCGAACUUCAGACAAGAGCUGAUCCAUAGGCAGCAACUGAUCGACAAGUUUGGACACCAGUCCGCACAGCCAUCGACGGCCACCGCAUUGGGCCACAAGACGGCGGCAAUGGAUCACAAGACGACAGUGAUGUCGGAGCUCCGGGACGUGAUGUCCGAACACGACUCGCUCCUCCAUAUACUGAUUGAGCGCCAGUCGGACGCCGACGCGGCCAUCGGUGGUAAGGCUGGCGGCGGUGACGGCGAAGAGUCGGAUAAGUCGAGCGCUUCCAACGAAUCGAUGUACAGAAGCGGCGCUAAGAAGCCAAAGGACGACAAGGAUAUCAUCGAAGAGUUGCGGACUAUUAACGAGAAACUCAAGCAAUUAGUCUUCCAGUUGUUCCAGGAGUUAGAGUCCUCGCAGAGGGAGAACCGGGAGCUGAGGGCUGAGAACGAGGUGCUGAAGGCCGAGAAUAGUCAGGCGCUGACAGCGGUGCCAGAGUUGCCACCUCUGGAGCCGCCGGAACUCCUGUAUUAAGUGGUGUUUUUGUGUUGUUUUUCAGGCGUUUUCUAAUUAAUGUCAUGUUUUUUGUUAAUUAUUUAAUAAAUCCAUUGAUUUAUAGUUUGGAUUACAAAUAAAAAAGUUGAUGUCAUAUAUAAUAUAAAAUUCAUUUGUAGUCUCAUUUUGCUUAUGAAUUAUUUUUAAUCACUUAAAGCCAUA